AUGGCAGCUAAUGCAUUCUUACCCGAAGAGAUCAUUUUGGAAAUCGUGGCCAGGCUACCGGUCAAAUCAGUGGGGCGAUGCAGAUGCGUCUCUACACGGUGGCGCUCUCUAUUCUCCGAUCCCCACUUCGCGAAAUCGCACUUCCAGUUAGGCCCCAAGCAUCGAGCCUUAAUAAUUCAACACCUCAUAAAACUCGAAACCCUAGCUUCUGAUUUAAGUAACACAUCUUUGUUCGAGAAGGAAUCUCUGGUUCUCCGAAAUCUGAAUUCCCCUUUCUAUCACAAGCACGUCCAGUUUUUAGGCUCAUGCAAUGGGCUGGUGGCUGUACGUGUCUUUCAUGUGUUUCAUCCAUACUCCGAACAAGAAACAGAAAGCUUUCUUAUAUGGAACCCAUCCACCGGGUUCUUCAAGAAUUUUCCCGGGCGGGGUCAUAUGGAUAAUCAUAAAGGGAUCAAAUGCGGGUUUGGGUAUGUGUCCAAAACCGACGAAUACAAACUUGUGAUGGGUGAUGCGAUCUUGUCGUCCAAGACUGAAUCAUGGAAGCUGAUGGAAAUAUUGCCUCCCGGCGCCGACGUCUGGAUGAUAGAUGGUGUGUUUUUUCGUGAUGCACUAUAUUGGCUAGAGUGUAGUCGACACCAGGAACAAGAUCAGGCACGUCAUAUGUAUGCUUUCGAUUUAGAAAAGGAGGAGUUUUCGAUAAUGCAGCUGCCUAGUGCUCUUCAAACACUAGACAUCAGAACGUGGAACCAUGGUGUUACUCGUGAAGGGUGCUUGUAUGCAAUGGUCCUGAGAAAAGUGUACAGGGAUUGUGUUGAAUUUGACUAUUAUGUGGUUGAAUUAUGGGUCAUGAGAGACUAUGGCAACAAUGAUUAUUGCUGGACUAGAUCAUUCGGCGUAAAGAUUCCCAGUACUGCACGAAGACAUUGGUAUCUGUGGGUUGGAUCAAUUUCGGUUUCGGAGACUAGUGCAUCAGUGAUGACUAACUGUCCAGUAGGGAAACCAGCAAAUUAUAAACUCAUGCCUACCAGUCAUUAUCGUAAUGAAGAAGAGAACUCUGACAUCUGGAUGAUUGAGAAUAAUGAACCAGACAUGGUUGUAUACGAAGAGAGUCUAUAUCGUCUUGAUUAG